AUGGCGGCCCAUUCUUCGCAUCCCGCGAGGCUGCCGCUGUUCCUCAUUGUGGCGUCGCUCGCAGCCGUUGUAGUCGCCGCGCAGAGCUCCUACAGCAUUGCCGACACGCCUCCUCGCCCUGCCUCCGCCUCUCCGCCGCCAUCCGCCAACCCCUCGCCCUCCGCCUCUCCUCCGACCCCUGCCUUUGCGCCUGCGAACACGUCUGCCUCGGCGCCGUGGCUUCUUCCGUCCGCCGCUGGCGGAGACGGGCUGGGCGGCACAGCCGGUGGGAAUGGAUCAGACAGUCGCAGUAACGCGUCGCUCAUUAGCGGAAUACUGGAUGGCGAAUACGGCAGGUACCUGCAGGGGGGACUGACGGCGCACGUGUGGGGGCAGCCACUGGUGACAUCGCAGCGCAACGCCGCCACCUACCCUGCCAUCAACGCGCUGCAGCAGCAGACCAACAUCACCACCGCGCAAGACCAGGGUGCCAUGUGCAUGGGCUGCGUGCAUCACUUCACACUCUUCCCUUCGCCUCUCCUCCCCCUCCUCCCACCUCCCACUCCGCCCAAUUUCCCCCUCCUCCCCACUUCCCCUCCCCCUACUUCUUCCCCUUCGUCCCCUCCCCGUCCCCUUGCAUCCUUCCACCUACCCAAUCCCUCUGCACCGCAGUCCACCAUCCCAGUGUCCAACACGGACACGCUCUACGCGUCAGCAUGGCUGGACCUCGCCGCGGGCCCUCUACUGCUCUCUCUGCCGCUGGUGCCCCAGCCGCGCUACUACAGCGCGCUGCUGCUCGACCCCUUCAGCGACGUGCUCGCCGUGUUCGGUGCGCGCACCCAUGGGGCCGGGCCGCUUGCUGUCAUGGUGCAGUGGCAGGGGCAGGGGCAGGGGGGAGAGGGGACCGACUUUAGUCAGGCAGGCGCAGCAGGGGGGGGAGGAGGGGGCGGGGGCGGGGGCGGGGGCGGGGGUGGGGGUGGGGGUGGGGGUGGGGGAGGGGGAGGGGGUGGGGGCGGGGGAGGGAGUGGGGGUGGGGGUGGGGGAGGGGUUGGGGGAGGGGGAGGGGGAGGGGGAGGGGGAGGGGGAGGGGGAGAGGAGAAGGCCUCGAGCAGCAGCGACACAGUGUUGAGUGUGAGCAGCAGGACUCGCAAUGUGUUUGUGAUCGUGCGCGUGCUGGUGGCGGGGCCUGAUGACGUGGCAGCUGCCAGCAGCCUGCUGAGCAACGUCACUCUCACGCGCCCAACCACCAACGCCCCCCCCACCCCCCUGCCGCCGCCCGACCUCUCUAAGCUGGCGGGGCUGCCAGAUGGCAUGCAGCGAUUGGUGCUCAUCGACCGCACACUACAGGACAACCCGCCCGCCCAGGACCAGGCUAACCUCGAGGCACUCAGCCAGCUGGCAGGCAUAGGCAUCUCCCCCUCCGCGCCGCCCUUCUCCCCCGCGGCCCUCUCACCGCUGCAGAGCACCGCGCUCGCGCAGGCGUACGCACUGGCGAACGUGACAAUAAGGGGCGCGUACAUGCUCAUGCUGCUGGGCGUGAACCGCUCCGUGGUCGUCAACCGCUGGCUCGCUGACACCUACGGCGAUCGCUUUCUGUUCAGAGCGGCCUUCUCAUCCACAGGGGGUCUGGGAGCGCUGCCCGCAUCCGAAUCGCUCUACUUCUUCACCUGGCAGGGGCCCUUUGGCCUGCGCUACGACGGCUCCUCCGCCAACUACUCGCUGCACCUCUCUCCACCGCCCGUCACCGCGUGCGGCUUCUGGUCGCUCACAGUGUAUGACGCGGAUGGGUUUCUUCCCGAGGGCAUGUGGCGGAACAGCAUCGGGGAUCGCACCAAGGGGUUGGUGUUCAAUCCGGACGGCACACUCACUGUUCCCAUCCAGCUGGCCGCGCCGGUCAAUGCGAGCCUGGGGGCCAACUGGCUGCCGACACCGAAUGCAAUGUUUUCGGUGGCGCUGCGGGUGUACUGUCCCUCAGAGAGUGUGCUGAAUGGGGAGUGGCGGCCUGAGGCCGUGCAGGUGGUGUGA